CACAUGAACUGCUGUCAGACGUCAAACGCAGCGGUUGCAUUUGGUAGUUGCUUAAUCGCUCAGAUAGCCGAUGAUUGAGGCAGUGUUUUCGUGAAAAUUAAGCAUGGCAUCUAAGCUGCCUAUGGAGGUUAUCUCGUACAUAAUGAGGUUCCUCAGUGUGUCUGAUCGAAAAGAAGCCUGCCUGGUGAACAAACUUUGGUAUGAAGCAUCUCUGGCUCCGGUUCUGCAACGGGACAUGGUCAUCACGUUUUUCACCUCAUCCACUGAGGAAAGAGGUUUAUCUGGUCUUUCUCGACGGAAAAGUCCCAAUCUUGUUCUCAGUCAGAUUGAUGCGUCAAUGAAUCCGUCAUCAAUUAUCUUGAAGUCCUGCGAACACCUGUGUGAAAACCUGACCAGUUUGUCAUUGAAAGGCGUGGAUAUUACAGAAAGCAGUUUUGUGUCAUUUGCUUCUCACUGCUUCAGCCUGGUCAGUUUAGAUUUGAGCUCUUGCAAUUGUUUGUUCAUGAGUGGCAAGAUCUUAGAAAGGGAAUCAGAUAUUGUGGCUCUGAAGAAAGCUCUGAAAAAUGUGAAGGAGUUAAAUUUGGCCUCCAUUCGUUUCCUCUCUGAUGCCACAUUUAACAGGAUUACCUCUGUGUGCCCUAAAGUUCAAAAACUAUCUCUGGCUUCUGCUAUAAUCACCUUUAAUUCAAACGCAUACUAUCCUCAAGGCACAGAGAUCCUAGCUAGCAAAAGCGUCUUCUCAUUCAGGAAUAUUUUGCAGUUUCUCAGGGAUAACAGCUCGCAGAUCACUUCCUUGAAUUUUAGCCGAACAGCUCUUAUAAAUCAUUCCCUCAUUGAAAUUUUCAAAGUGGAAGGCUUGCAGCUGGAGGAGAUGAUUUUGGUCGGCUGCAAGGACAUCAGUACGAAAGGCGUCAUGGCUAUGUGUGACCUGCAGAAAAGCGUCCAGUCACUGGACCUAAGCUGCUGUGCUGACAUUACAGAUGCUGCAGUAUGCGCCAUACAGGAGAACCUAAGUCAGCUGGUGAGACUGAAGUUAACAAAGUGCAGACAAAUCACGGACACGUCUGUAAGCCGACUGCACCUGCUACCGUCGCUGACCAACUUGGAUCUGUCUGAGUGUUAUCAGCUGUUACCUAAAGCCUUCAAUCCUGGGCUCUGCACCUCUAGUCGUGCCCAGUUGACCCACCUCAACCUGAACUGCUGCACCUCAAUGGACAAUGAUGUUGUCCUGGGUCUGUGCAAGAGUCUGCCAGCACUGCAGCAUCUGGAUCUCGGAUCCUGCUUUGCCAUUACAGAUAUCAGUGUCCAGGCCAUCGCCAAAAACCUGAAGUACUUGAGGUACCUGAGGCUGGCUUGGUGUAAAGAGGUAACAGAUUUAGGCCUGCUGGGUGUCAUCAGGGAUGACAACACUGUCAACCACUCUCAGCAUGGGGAAAACGGCAAGUGUCGCUGUACACGGAAACACAACAUCAACACGAUGUUCCGCGCUCAGUACAUCGGCCAGGUCGGCCAGAAGCUCACUGUGGAGGAGCUGGAAAGCCUGAAGAAGAACAACAAGAAUAUCUACAGCCUGAACAACAUCUCAGGUUUGACAACCUUAGACUUGUCCUCCUGCUCCAAGCUGACUGAUAUCAGCAUCAUCAACGCCAUACGGUUCAAAGAGCUGAAGUCUCUCCACCUCAGCAUGAUCCACAGCCUGACAGACGAGAGCCUCAAAUCCAUCGCCAAGAACAACCCCAGUCUGGAAGAGCUCGCUUUGGCCCAGUGUUACAAUGUCACAGACAAAGGUGUGGAAGCAGUGACCGAGAACAUGACCCGGUUGACGUCUCUGAAUGUGUCGAGCUGUGACAAACUGACUGACCACUCCCUGGAGCUGCUCAGAGUGAACUGUGACCGACUGAAGACUCUGGACGUAUCCUUGUGUGGUGGGAUGUCAUUGGAAGGAGUGGAGAGAUUGGAGGCUCACGCUAAACACCUCAAGUCUGUACAGAAACGGCUUGUGGGAGGAGCCUUGUAACUGUGGGAGGAGCUUUUGACCAUGGAGGGAGCUAUGUUACUGUAGAUGGGGUUGGGGAGAUGGAGUUUUAUGACCACAGAAGGAGCCUUGUGAGUGUGGGAGAAGUUUAAUAACCAUGGAAGAAUCCAUGUAACUGUGUGAGGAGCUUUGUAAUCAUGGGAGGAGCUUUG